AAAUUCCACAUUAUUUAAUGCAAUACUUUAAUUUUUUUUACAACAUAAUGUUUAGGGUGAUUCACCAAUUUGUAAAAGUAUUUCUUGUCAGAGCAAGUCCCUUAUUUGUGCCUUAAAUCCUCAACUCAAGACAGCAUCCACCCCUCUCUCUGCAGUUGGUUUCACCCAACAGACGCUGUUCCAGACGGCGGGAAAAAAAGAAAAACAGACACGCAACUGACAGGUCCAGAUGCAGAGGACAAUCUCAUCCUUGCCCCUGAGGCUGUGUAUGCAAGAGAUAGCCGUUGCAGAGCCAUCAGCAGAGGAGUGAUGGUGAUGUUCAUCAGGCAGUAUCAGGAGCCUGUUGGACAGCCACGAUGAACCCCAGACCUUCAGUGGAGUCAACUGUUGUCACAACCUUCAUCUAUGGGGGACUUGCCGUGUCCCUCGGUGCUGCGCCUGGACCCGAGCUUGAGGUUGGACUUCUCUGAGGGGGGUUAGGGACUCAGACCAGGAUGAUGAUAGAGCAGCAGGGCACUGAAGAUGGCGGCGGUGGAAGUGGAAGAGGAGGUCGCCACGUGGAGGUACUGAACACCGAGGAGCUGGAGUGUAAGAUCUGCUACUGUGCGUACAACCUGGGGGGUCGCAGGCCGAAGGUGCUGGAGUGCUGUCACCGUCUGUGCGCCAAAUGCCUCGCCAAGAUCCUGGAUCUGGGUGAGUCACCACCAAACGCCGUGGUGUGUCCAUUCUGCCGUUAUGUGACCCGCCUCCCAGGUGAAGCGAUCAGCAGCCUGGCGGAUGAUUGUAACCUGGUGGCGGCGCUGACCCUCCGGAGCAGGAACCAGAGGAACAUCCAGCUCCACCAGGAGGCGACCACAGAGCUGCUCCUCAGCCCCCGCCGCCUGAGCUCGCUGAUGGGAAGCAACCCAGCUAUGACCUCCCCUUCCUUCUCCUCCUCUUCCUCCUCCGCAUCCUCCUCCACCACCUACUCCUCCAUCCGGGGCUCCCCUAACUUUGUAGUCAUCACCAUCAUGGAGCCUCCGCCGGUGCCUGCAGCCACCCAGGACCUCCACCUCCACCAGCAGCGACACGGAUCACAUGCAUUACACCGGGGCUACCGCUCAUCCAGUCUGGACUCCAUGGCGUCCAUCACGCAGAGGUGGACUGUGUGGAACUGUGCGGCCCUCCUGUGCCAGACCUCGGCCCGGGCUCUGGUGUGGGUUCUGGGGCUGCUGUACUUCAGCUCGCUGCCCAUGGGGGUGUACCUGCUCAUCAUGCAGAGGACGACGCUCGGGGUGCUGCUGGUGAGUCUAGUGCCCGCCAGCCUCGUCAUGAUCAUGGUCUACGGGUUCUGCCAGUGCAUCUGCCACGAGCUGUGGGACUGCAUGCCGCCAUAAUGGGACCAGAUGAAAGGGUUUGCUUCAAACAUGUCGGACAAUGGGUCUCCAGAGUUCACUAAUGAGGAUGUUACUGUGUAACACUUUACUUCAAUGGGAGGAGAAGAUGCUCCUUUUCUUUAUUAAAGAGAAGAACAUUCUGUACAUCA